CUCGGAGCCAUCAGCUUUCCCGAAUUUUCUCGAGAAAAUACCAGUGAGCGAGAGUAUAUGCUCGAGCAGAUUUGUCGUCGUCGUCGGAGGAUGUUCUGAUUUGCAGCAACAGGGUUUGAACGAGCUGCUCGAGAUUUUGAGGAUGAAAACCGAAAGAGAAGAUAGGAAUGGUGUUUCUGAGGAAGAGAGAGAUGAGAAGCGUCGGAGGUUGGUGGAACGGUCUGCUUCUCCGCCUCCGCCGCUUGGUUUCAACAACCCUCUUUUGCCGUUGGCUAAUACUUACGACGACGAAGAUGAAGACGAGGAAGACGAUCAGAGGAGAAUACUAGCUCGUGUCCGUGGAGGUCAUGACAAUGGAGUUGCAAAAUUGGAGGGAAACGGGAACAAGGCCAAAGGGGAAAGUGGUGAAGAAGAAGAAGAUGAGGAUGAUUAUGAUGACGAUGAAUCAAAGGGUCAGGGAGGAGGUCGGGGGAAACAUUCCCGGCAUGUUGAAGUUCGCCGUGAUUGCCCUUACCUUGAUACUGUAAAUCGACAGGUGUUGGAUUUUGAUUUCGAGAAGUUCUGUUCUGUCUCUUUGUCGAAUUUAAAUGUGUAUGCAUGCCUUGUGUGUGGGAAGUACUAUCAAGGAAGAGGUCAGAAGUCCCAUGCCUAUACUCACAGUUUGGAGGCAGGACAUCAUGUUUACAUCAAUCUUCAAACAGAGAAAGUCUAUUGUCUUCCUGAUGGCUACGAGAUUAACGACCCUUCAUUGGAUGACAUACGGCAUGUGUUGAAUCCAAGGUUUACUAGGGAACAGGUGAAACAGCUUGACAAAAGUAAGCAGUGGUCCAGGGCCCUCGAUGGUUCUGACUAUCUUCCGGGAAUGGUGGGGCUGAAUAACAUACAGAAAACUGACUUUGUGAAUGUUAUUAUUCAAUCACUGAUGAGGGUUACUCCUCUAAGGAACUUUUUCCUCAUCCCCGAGAAUUAUCAGCACUGCAGAUCUCCUCUUGUUCACCGCUUUGGGGAGCUUUCUAGGAAGAUAUGGCAUUCCCGAAACUUUAAAGGACAGGUAAGUCCACAUGAAUUUUUGCAAGCUGUCAUGAAAGCUAGCAAGAAAAGGUUUAGAAUAGGCCAACAGUCUGAUCCUGUGGAGUUUAUGUCGUGGCUUCUCAACACACUGCACUCAGAUCUUAGAACUUCAAAGAACGGUAGCAGUAUCAUCCACCAGUGCUUUCAGGGUGAACUGGAGGUUGUGAAAGAGUAUCAAAGCCAUGCGAACAUUGAGAAAAAGGAUGAUAAUGGUGCAGAGCCGAAUGCGUCCAAAGAGACAGACGGUGGUAAUGAAUCCAGUAACGUGAUGAAAGAAACUUCCAGAAUGCCCUUUCUAAUGCUGGGGCUAGAUUUACCUCCGCCUCCUCUUUUCAAAGACGUAAUGGAGAAAAACAUAAUUCCGCAGGUUCCUUUGUUCAAUAUACUGAAGAAGUUUGAUGGAGAGACUGUGACGGAGGUGGUUCGUCCUCGUAUAGCCAGGAUGAGAUAUCGUGUGACUAAAUUGCCUCCUUACGUGAUAUUCCAUAUGGUUCGCUUCAAGAAGAAUAAUUUCUUCAAGGAGAAGAAUCCCACCUUGGUUAACUUCCCAGUGAAGAACCUGGAACUGAAGGACUACAUACCUUUGCCAACAUCCAAAGAGCGGGAGAAACUUCGUUCUAAGUAUGAUCUUAUCGCUAACAUUGUACAUGAUGGAAAGCCAGAGGAUGGGUACUACAGAGUUUUCGUGCAGCGGAAAUCAGAAGAACUAUGGUACGAGAUGCAGGAUCUGCACGUAGCCGAGACUCUUCCGCAAAUGGUAGCCCUAUCCGAGGCGUAUAUGCAGAUAUAUGAGCAGCACCAGUAAUAGUAGAAACCCGACCUCCAUUUACGGUUUAUGGUUCAAAGUGUUUUCUUCCAUAAUGAUCAAACUACUCCCUGUUGUGGGAAACAUUUACAAGCAUUGGAAGCCAUGGAUGAGUUUUGGGUUAAGCUUUUUAAUGCAAGUGAGUGGACUGCCAUGGAAUAACUUCCUCUUGAGCAAAAAGGAUCUUGUGGAAGAUGGAGGGUUCUAACUUUAUGUCAGCCACUUGGGAUUAGGUUUUUUGAUUCUGUAUUUUGUAUUGAAAUCUUGGUUCAAUUUUGUGGGUUUCCUAUUAUGAUUGAAGGAGGAUCAUCUAUAAGUUUUCGUCGUUUAUAGUUGAGAUUAUUAGCUCAUACCGAAUGGUUUAGUUCGGUUUAAUUUGGUUUAAUAUGUAUGAGUUGUGUAUACAUAUUUCUGCAUUUCGAUUCAAAUGAUUUGGUUUAA